AUGUGGUACUUGUGGAUGUUGACAAUUCCGAAUCUCAGCAAUUGCAACUCGGGAGCGUCGAUGUUACCCGCGUGUCAUGGGGUGGAUGAAACCAAACUUUUCUAUACCGGACUAAAUGGCCCUAGUACAGUCGUGGAGGAAGCCGACGUGGUCACCAAACCAACUACUAAGCUGUGGACGGCGGAAUCUGCAAGUUACAGAGCAGCACCUUUAUCUAGUGGCGGCUUUGCCAUUUUUACAGGGAGCUGGGCUCAAUACCCGCAAAUUUCUAGGCUGGAUAUGGGAAAAACGACAGUAAUACACUCACUCCUUCGUGGACUCAGGAAAGAUCUGGCUCAAGUCUGA